UUUUAUUCGGGCAAUCGUAGGAGAAAUACACUUGUGAAAUAAACUAAAAUAAAAGUAUAACCUAACUAGAACCUAAUCAUCAUCUUCUGGAAAUAAUGGACAGUUUCACAGAUACAAGAACAAUAAAAUGGCCAUUUAUAUCUUCUCCAAUACCAAUAAUUUCCAUAUCACUAGUCUAUAUUUAUGUCAUUUACUUUGCUGGUCCGCAAUUCAUGAAAAACAGAAAACCGUACUCUUUGAAAACGUUUAUGCAAUAUUACAAUCUUUUUCAAAUUAUUGCAAAUUUUUGGUUAGUGUUUAAUGUUGUGACAACUGGUAGACCGUUCGUUGCCAUAUGGAAAUAUUGUGAGUCAUUUGAUAAAAUUUGCGGCGAUAACACUGAAAAGCAACUUAAAAGUCUAUGGUGGGCACUAUUGCUUAAAAUAAUUGAUUUAAUUGAAACUGUAAUAUUUGUACUGAGGAAAAAAGAUCGCCAGAUUUCAUUUUUACACACGUACCAUCACCUUUCUACAGCUAUAUACGUAUGGUUGACGCUCAGAUACUUUGUUCAUAGUUUUACUAUGACUGAAACAAUGCUUAAUUGUUCUGUACACGUGAUCAUGUAUUCUUAUUACUUUUUGAGUACUUUUGGAUCAAACAUUCAACAAAGACUUCUACCGUUCAAAAAAAGUCUUACUAUUAUACAAAUGGUACAUAUUGCAUUUAUUUGGAUAGUUGGUUCGCAAGGUUUGAGGCCUAACUGUGGUAAUAAAAUUGUGAAAUACUUUUCUGUCAUGACAUUUUUUAAUGGUAUACCGAACUUGUUAUUAUUUUUAAAUUUUUAUGGUUCUUAUAAGAAAUCAAGAAUAACAUAAUUAUUAAGUACAAUUUUGUUGGAUGUAUUGUUGUUAACACGAUUCACUUUUCUUUUAUAUUAUUGUAACAUUAAAUGGAUGUUAAUUCGUG